AUGACGGCGUUUGCCAAUACCUCCGACAGUCUGGCCAUGUCAAGCUUAACAGCGGAGCAGCUCGCUUCUGGAGCAGCCCGGUGUCUCGCCCUCCAACAAUCAGGGCAGGAAACCCAUUCGAAACGACCGUUCGCAGCCCUCUUGUUGGGUCCCGACAAUGAAACUGUGUUGAUGACGUCUCUAUCGCUAUCACAUGUUCGACAUGCUGAAUGCGAACUGGCUCGCAAUGCCGCAGAUAAUUAUUCUUGGGACUACCUGGCCAAAUGUACAAUGAUCUCAACGUGGGAACCAUGUGCCAUGUGUGCUGGAACCAUCUACUGGGCCAAUAUCGGACGAUUGGUUUACCUGGCCUCGGAAAAAGCAUUGCAUAAACUCACAGGACCUGGCAACUUGGAGAACCUGACCCUCGAUCUGCCAUGUCGGCAAGUUUUCGCUGCGGGGCAAACGGCCGUGGAGGUUAUAGGCCCAGUAGUGACUGGAGGGUGGGAACAGAAGGUAGUGGAAAAUGCUGCACGAUAUUGGGCGAAAAAUACUUAA